GCCUGUGUCCUUGGGAAAAAAACGUAACGUCAAGGAAAAAAAAAAACAAUUUUCCGCCCCUGAAAAAUGGAAAGAGAGUUUGGGUAAAUUAUUUUUCGAAAAAGGAAAAGGAGCGCUGAACAGAGAGAUCGUCGUGUUGUCAGUACAUCUGUCUUUACAACGGGCAUCAGUUGGCGCGAUGGGACUCAUUUUGACGUACAGUUGAAGGCGCACACAACGGAAUACCGAGAUAAGUUGAAUCGGCCGAGGUACAUUGUCUGGACGAAAGGAACGGUUUCAAAGCUCCACGUGCGUGCAGCACGGUCCAGGCUCGCACCAUCUUCUCGCGCAGGACCGGGCGCAGACGCAACGAUGAGCGGAACCUCGCCCAGGCGCGCACACUGACGUCCAGCCAGAAGCCAGGUUCCCCCGACACCCAGCGGACCGGACCUCCAUGAGGGUCGAGAUGGCCCACCUGCAGGCUGGCCUCAGCCCCGAAACCAUCGAGAAAGCCCGCCUGGAGCUGAACGAGAACCCGGACACCCUGCACCGCGACAUCCAGCAGGUGCGGGACAUGGUGAUCACCCGGCCCGACAUCGGGUUCCUGCGCACCGACGACGCCUUCAUCCUCAGGUUCCUCAGGGCCCGCAAGUUCAACCAGCCGGAGACCUUCAAGCUGCUGGCCCAGUACUUCCAGUACCGGCAGCAGAACCUGGACAUGUUCCAGAACUUCAAGGCCGACGACCCGCGGAUGAAGCGGGCCCUAAUGGACGGCUUUCCCGGGGUCCUGGAGACGCCGGACCAGUACGGGAGGAAGAUCCUCAUCCUCUUCGCUUCCAACUGGGACCAGAGUAGGAACUCUUUCUCGGACAUCCUGCGGGCGAUUCUUCUCUCUCUGGAGGUGCUGAUCGAGGACCCAGAGCUGCAGAUCAACGGCUUCAUCCUGAUCAUCGACUGGAGCGACUUCUCCUUCAAACAGGCCUCCAAACUCACCCCCACCAUCCUCAAGCUGGCCAUCGAGGGGCUGCAGGACAGCUUCCCUGCCCGAUUUGGUGGAAUCCACUUCGUAAACCAGCCCUGGUACAUACAUGCUCUGUACACCAUAAUUAAGCCUUUCCUCAAAGACAAGACCAGGAAAAGGAUUUUCCUCCACGGCAACAAUCUCAACAGUUUACACCAGCUGAUUUACCCAGAAUGCCUGCCGUCGGAGUUCGGGGGGAUCCUCCCACCGUACGACAUGGGGAUGUGGGCGCGGACGCUGCUGGGGCCGGACUAUAACGACGAGACGGAGUACACGCACACGUAUGACGCGCUACACGUGAAGGAGGCCCUGGGCCGUGAAGGGAAGGACAGCGGGGACAACCUGAUGAAGAGGUCCCAGUCAGCAGUGGAGCCGGGGACGCUGAAACACGAGGACAGGGACGACGAGACGGCACAGCCCCUGCUGGCAUUAGACUGA